AGCCGCCCUCCGCGGAAUAAAAAGAACCCGUCGUCGGUGCACUGAGCAUCGUUCCGCGGAGCGUCGCGUCGUCGUGCUCUGCAUCUUCAUCGGCGUCGUCAUGGGUAAAGUUAACAGGUGUUUGAAAACAUGUUUCGUUGUCUUCAACGUCCUGUUUGCGCUCAUUGGGGCCCUUCUCCUGCUGCUGGCAAUUAUGGGACACGUGGUGCAGAACAGCGAUUACGCACCGGUUGAAAAGCGGGUGGAAGGACUCAUUUUCGCGUACAUCCUUGGAAUACUCAGCAUGGGUGUAUCUUGUCUGGGAAUUUAUGGAGCGUACAAAGAGAAGAAAUGGGCCUUGAUUGUGUUUUUAGUCAUGAUGUCUUUGGGCUACGUCGGCCUUCUGUGGGUCACCGUGUCUCUUGUCAUCGCUCUGCCAAAGACUAACAAGGCAAAGGAGGAGGAAUUCCGUCACUUUCUGCCACUGAAUGAAGCUUCAUUACAUGUUAAACAGCUUGUGGAUCAGCUGCAGGUUAAGUUCAAUUGCUGUGGGCUUUUUAACGGCUACAAAGAUUGGGGAAGAAACAUCCCGCACUCCUGCCUCUGCCCAUAUUACUAUCAGCAGACUGAUAAGUGUGAAGCUGCAGGACAAUCACUGUUGAGCAGCUUUAUGGGUCAAGGUUUCAACUCAACUAAAAUGGUGUACAAGCAGUCUUGCUUUCCAGUACUUAAGAAAUUGAUGCUGUUAGGAGCCAGUUUUGUUCUAGGAAUUUCUUUUGGAUUUGCUGCCAUGAUGCUUUUGGGACUGGUGAUGUGCUCGGUCAUUUUGUACCAGACUGGACAGAGAUAACCAGAGGAGAUCAGCGUCAACCCCACACCACUGAAGUACUCAGAGCUGUAAAGUGCUAUGUGACUUUAAUCCCACGAGUGUUCACUUCAACACUGUAUGCAUUUAAUCUUCAAAAAGACUGUAUGUUGAUGUUUAAAUGUAUCACUGCUCUGGCAUUGUUCAUUUUGAUUUUGCUCUGCUCAAUGUAUUCCCUUCCAUGCAGUGUCUGUAGAGGCACAGCUAUAGUCUGUAGAAGCUGCAGUCCUUAUCCAGACCCAUGGUCAAAGUGAGAACGCAGUAGGAUUUGAGGAUGGGUAAUUUUGGGAAACUGAUAGUACAGUGCUUGAAUUCAUGUGUGUUUGAGCUUCUCAGUAUAUUAUGGUUUGAACAUUAUGCUGUCCAUCAGUGGUAAAACUCUGCGAAUGCUUAUAACCUGUAACCAAAACCAAAGUUUUAUUUUUGCAUUUAUUCAAUAAAUACUUUUGCUAAGUUUUUCCUGUUACUUCACCAUGAUUUGAUUCUGUACCACUGUUCACUUGGUUCUGUUUUAGAGAACAUCAUUUAGGCUAUAAAUCCCACAUGCACACAAGUGCUGUCUACAUAUACACUCACUAAUUGUGAUUAUAUGCACUCUAUGACUGGGAAGAACACAGUGAGCCCACAAAAUUGCUAUUGAUGAACGCUUUUUAGCGUCCUCUCGGGCUCGUGGAUCAGCCUCCGUUUCCAUUUAAAAUAUACAGCAAACGUUCCACAUCAGUCAACAGUUUUACAUCAAUACCAACAGAUCAUGUAAAUGAUGUGUUCUUAACUGGCAGGCCCCUCCCCUGCACCUGUCAGCGAUCAUCAGCAGGCAAUAAGAGGAGAAGCUCGCUAGAGGACAAACCGUGGAACCGAUUUCGGACACCGCUCUCGCAACGCCUGCGGUCUCUUAGUCUUGUUUUUUCCCUUUAGUCCUGCUCCUGUUCCCUCGGCUCCCUGACCUCCUGCUCACAUCUUCCUGGUUUCUGAGUAUUGUGAAUUCCACUGGGCAACGUCUGCACAUCAGCUGACCCUUGCUUGUACCGCGACCAUUCUUUCA